GAUUGACCUCGAAAGGAGUAUGUAAAUCGAUGUCAUCCAAUUGACCCGGAAGUCCUGAUGUGAUUAAUGUGACCUAUGAGGUCAACAUUAGGAUGGAAUUCUACACCCACGGAUCGCCUGUGAUUCUGUGACAGCUGUUACCUCCGUCUAUUGGACGUGAUAUAAAAGACACCACGGGAAGCCGCCCACCAUCUUCUCUCUCAGCAACUCCUUCAUGAGGGAAAGAAGAAGAAAAAACAAACUCGAACAAACAAAAACAAGACAAAAGAAAGAAAGAGUCCUGCUUCCAUGACAACGGAACUCCGUCACAGGUCGUCACGCCCCUUGACUCGACGUCAUUUCCGGUUCAUGUGUUGUACAUCGGGAUGCACCAUCAGCUCUGCAUCAAGUCGCCCUUCUCGGUUCUCGGCCCAGCCCACCUGCAACCGGAUAACCGGUAGACUGGAUAUUUGGAUAACCGACUAAUAUCCGGAUGAUAGGAAGUUUAUUUUUUUCUUCUUUUGCUGGAGUAUGUGCAGAAGCUCCCAAGCUCGGUCUUCCUCACAGAUGGGUGGGGUGACUUAAGAAACGGCAGGGCUUUUUUUUCGUGUUUUAAUUUUUGGGGGGUAUUUUUGUUGGGGUUUCUUUGUUUUCUCCCAGAAAACAUGCCUAGUUUUGGAGUGGCUCUGGCGUGGAUUAUUCUCUCCCCCAUCGCCUUCUUCACCAACCUAGUGGGCGUGGCCUUCAUCCUGCACUACAACCCGCUCUUCCACAGCGUGGACGUAGCGCUGAUCUCACUGCUCGUCACCAUGUCACUCAACGCUUGGCUCCUCCUCCCCAUCCCCGCCGUCAUGGAGCUGGGCGGCUUUGAUUGGUCGGAGGGCCUGUGCACGUUCUACGCUUGGCUGUCCAUGACGCUUCGCUCCGCCCACCUCCUCGUCCUCCUCAUCUUCAACGUCUACUGGAUGGCCUCGUUGAGAGUUUCAGACCGAGGCCAGAUGUUCUCCACAUCCAAAUCCGUCAAAAUCUGUGUGUUCAUCUCGUGGUUUGCCGCAAUAGUCGUCGGGCUGGUACCUGUAACCGGCGGAACCAGCUUAUUCAACUUCUACUCUUCCAACGUCUGCCGAUUUCUCCCCUACAACGUGGAUAUAGGGCUGGCGGUGUUUUUCAUCGUUCUGGCUUUCGUGUCGAUGGUGUUGGGUAUCGUGAGCUCCUCCGAUACGUUGGUUCUGUUCCACCACAUGAAGCAUGUGGCGCUGAGCAAGUACAACGCCGGGCGAUUCCACGCCCCGAGGCCCUCUGCCGUGGCACAAUCGGGUUCGAACAUCCACGCCAAGUACAACGAGCUGGCUGUGUCCAUGGAGCUGUGUCUGCUCGGGCUGUGCUUCACGGUGGCCUCCUGUCUGCUCAACGCCAUACCCCUCAUUGUGA